AUGACGUAAGUGAUUAAGUUGUCAAUGUUUCCACGUUUCUUUUUCGAUUGCUCGAAAGGUUUUUGUGAUAUUACACUAGACCUAUAACAAUGUUUUUGAUGCGUGUGAUGAAAAUGCUUUUUGUCCUUGUGGUUUGUAAAGUAAAAUUUAGUGUUGGGAGUGUAAUAUUUUUGGUAUUGGGGUCGAAAAUUAAGGAUGAAAUGAUUUAUUGGGGUUUCUGAACGUACUUUGAUGGUUUUGCAUUGGAAAUGAGGAUUUUAUGACAUUUUCUAUUAGAAAUGAAGGUUUUAUGACAUUUUACAUUAGAAGUGAAACUUUUAAUUUAAAAUAGAAAUUUUCAAAAUUUUAGGUAACAAAUGAACUUUUUGUUGUAAAUUUAAAAGCUAAUCUUAACCAUAAAAAUGUCUAAAGAUGACAUUUUCUGCCCAAAAGUUAAAACUAUGUUUUCACGUUCUCAUGACAAAAAAUGAAAGUCAUAUUGUUCAUGAUCCCACGUUGAAAUCUCCCUCCAAUCUCUAACUUAUCUAACCAGCCCUUAUUCUUUAAUUUCAGCUCGGUAAAUCAGACGCGCAAAACGCCCGCAGCUCAACGGCCCGCUGAGAAGCGUCGACGAAAUCAAAAGGAAACACCGGCGAAGUUUCCGCGCUCGCUGACCGCCACACCUCAGCAGAAGGAGGAACAGGAGAAGGAGGUGGUUGUGGAGGAUCAGCCCAAAGAAAGCGAAAGCGAAAAAGUCGACGAUGAGGAAACGGCGGAUGAGGUCACGGAUUGGUUCGCUGAGAACUGGAAACCCAAUUUUCGGUAAGAAUUUCGAUUUUGUUUCUUUUGUUUUUAGGCGGUUUAUGGAAGGAUUUGAGGAUGUUGAUGUUAAGUUUGGAUGGAAAGGAUGGUUAAUUUCUGUUCUUUUUAUAAAAUAUCAAAGAUUGAGAUUUUCACCUUAAAAACAUGAAUGAAAAAACUUUUUUUGUGCUUUCAUAGCUAGAGUUAUUUCUUCUUUUUCAGCUCAACUUUUCCCCUAAUCCACUCUCUCGAGCGCUCGAAAGUCCUAUCAGAGUAUCUUCACCUAAUCCAACGUUACCGAGCACGAGUAGACAAAGUAGAAGCUAGUCCAAAACGGCUACCAAACCCUCAAACACAAACUGUCGAGGAAUUGGAAAAAGAGUUGGAGAAAUGCGACGCCGAGAUCGACUUGCUGAACAAGAAAAGAGAGAACACCAACGAUCACAAGAAGGAACUCAUGGCCAGAUACAAGGCGUUGUAUCGUGAAGAAGAUGAGGAAAGAAAGCGGAAGGAAAUGAUGUCUCAAUGGGAUGCGUUCAGCACGCUGUUGGCUGGCAAUCCACAAGCGUUGAGUCAAGCUCAGAAUUUGAUGCUACAGCCUGGACUAAGUGGCAGUGAAAAUAAAGGAAAUCCGUUGGCUGGACUUAAAAAUGGCAGCUCUUUAUCAACUACACAGAGUCUACAAGGGAUAACUGGACCAUUAGGGGCGCUACAAGCCAAUGCCAUGAAUAAUAUUGCUCAAACGACAGCUCAAAGCAUAGUAAAUGCUCAGACAUUGGCUAGCCAAGCUAGCUUCUUGCAAAGUUUGACUAGUCAGGCUAAUUUAAGUAGCAAUUUGGCUGGAAUCACGUCGAGUAUGUCUGGAUUGCCAUCGAGCAUGAAUUUGGGGGCUAAUAUUGGCAUGAACUUAAGUUCAUCGGUUCAGAACAAUAUGAAUCUAAGUUCGUCAGUUCAAAAUAGCAUGAACUUGAGCUCUUCAGUUCAAAAUAAUAUGAAUUCAGUGCAGAACAGCCUAGGCCUACCUCAAGACUCGUUAAUAGGUCUAAAUGUAACUACAAGUCAACAUAUGCCUAGUCAAGCAGCUUCAUCUUCAACAUCAGUACCUACGCAAAUCAAGCCAGAGCCAUCUCAUCUACAAGAUAAUAAGCUCGGCUUUAGCGACGUCAAAGGUUCAAUAGGUCUAAGUGAUGUCAAACCGUCAGUAGGCUUGAAUGUAGCGCAAAAUUUGUCAAAUCAGCCAAGCUCAAGUCAGAAGCUGAAUCAGAAUCUACAAAAUCAAGCGAGUAUUGUGCAAGGAUUGGCCAAUGCAAAUGCUUUUAAUCGAAAUCUAACUCCAAGUACCAAUGAUUCACAAAGUAAUUCACCGUUUGUUCAGAAGAGUUACUCACCUGAUGCGCAGAGGAAGAAGAUGAGCAUAAAUCCGGCAUUGAACAAGUUCUACAGCUUGUUAUCAACGUUGGACCCGAAGGAUGGGAAUGCGGACAAUUUGACUGCUAAUUAUGUGAGAUUUUUCAAGUUUUUGAUUGGUUUUUAGGUAAUAAUGAGGAGUUAAAGGGGAUUUUUUUGAUCAAGAAGGCUUGAGAAUGGUGAAAGCUUGUUAAAGCUCUUAAAAAGGGCGUUUUGAAGCUAAAAAAAAGAUUUUUAAAAAAGAAAAUUCUGUUUAAAAUUUUUUGUUACCUAAAUUUAUUUUUUGAUACCUAAAAACCAACAUUUCAGCUCCUCCAACAACAACGUCAACAACAACAAACCAAUAGCCCGUUACGUCGCGACUAUUCCUCUCCAGUACAACAACAAGUUCGACAACAGCAAAAGCCUCAACUCCCCCAAUCGUCCUUUGCUACUCCAGCACAAACUAACCCAACCCUACAGGCUUUAAGCCAACUUCAACAGAAUCCGCUACAAUAUCAGAAUGUGAGAGGCUUUAACCCGUUGACUGGCCUACCUAAUCUACAAGGUUUGGCACCGAACACCAAUUUGCUACAAGAAUUUGCCAACUUACAACGGCUUCAACUGGCUCAACAGAUGCAGAAUCAGGCUAGUGCGGCGGACAUUUUGAAUGUAAGGGGUUUGUGGAUUUAUGGGCUUGUCAAGGCCUUAAUAAUUAGGGGUUUUAUAUCUAUAAAUGAAAAAUUUAAUUUUUACUAUUUUCUAGGCCGCUAGAAAUCGAAACUCACCUCUACAAACCUCCCAAAUGCAACCAAAAGUUGCCCAGAACAUUCAAGCUCAAAGGAAAGCGAGCACAAGUCAAUUCCCAACGACACAAAGCUCGGUAGCGUCGAGGAUUCAACAGCUACAGAACUCACAAGCACAACAAAGAAGCUCCACACCACAAUUCGCGGUACCAAACUUGCCUGGACAACCGAAAAUGCCACCACGACCACAUUCAUCGACUUCUAAGGGGAAUGGUAAUUUGUUUUUUGAAGUUUUUGGUUUUAGAGAUUUUAUGGAAUCAAGGAUAGAUAGUGAUAAUGAAACAAAGUAGGGACUAGUGUAAAUCCUAUAUAGGCCUUGUUAUAGAAGUUCUGGGAUAG